GACCCGAUAUUUUGAAACAGAUUUUUUCCGCCGACAAAAACAAAACUCCCUAGACGUAUGAUGUCAUGUCAUAAAGGUUUAUUUGAUUUAUCAGCUCAGCUGGCUUAGUAACUCAGCUAACAUGGAAAGCUGGAAUCACAGUGCCCCGACGGCCCCGACACGACAGGCCCGAAAAGUUCAAUAGCCAAUUAAAUACAAGCUCGCCGUGACGUCACCCCGGCAAAAUACGCACCCCGAGGGCCAGCAAGGAAUAGAUUAUAUUUCUAAUUCCGUCGUGUCGUACUGCCCGACAGAUAAGAAAACGCCAACGGAAAAGAACCAGUACAGAACUAAAUUUCAAAAAUAUUUACCUACUUGGUGAAUAUUUUUGCUGGAAAGUGAAAUUUCGUUUUACGUGUUGAUGAAUUUAAAAAUUGGUAGCUUCCCUUCGUCUGUUUGCGGUUAAAGACGUUAUUUUAGAAUCGUGAAGAUUGGAUUUAAGAAUGGACGAGUUCAACGAAGAACUUCUAAUUAGUAAAGUCCAAGCUUAUGCUAUUUUGUAUGAUAUUGGUGUGAAGGACUACAGAAACCAGCCAAAAAAAAAAAAAAAACCUUGCUGGGCUGAGAUAACAUAUAGUUUUUCGGGAGAAGAAGUUGACGGAGUUUCUUCGCCCCAACGGCAAGCAAAUAGAAGUAAAGAGAGAUGUGGACAACACGAAGGUUGCUCAAGCUGGGCGUGGUCGCUGGCGCGACCGUGGGCACAGUGUUGUCGCUAAGGGCCAACCAGUACGACGUCAACUCGAUUGGGAUCGUUCGGCUGGGCAGAGCUGCAACCACGGUAUUUGGCAUAGCUUUACACUACAAAACAACUCUUUAUGCAAGUAACCUUGAUGUCUCUUCUCCAGAAUACUUGCAACUUAAAUCAGAGGUCCACCGGGCGGCCGCGGGGAAGCUGCUGGCGCUGUGCCGCACCAACAAGGGGGUGUACAUCAAGGUGGGCCAGCACAUCGGGGCCCUGGACUACCUGCUGCCCCAGGAGUACGUGCAGACCAUGAAGGUGCUGCACAGCCGGGCGCCCUGCUCCAGCCUGAAGGAGGUGGAACAGGUCCUGCGGGAGGACCUGAAGCGAGAUCCACUGGAACUUUUUGAUGAGUUUGAACCGGAGCCUCUAGGAACUGCCUCACUCGCUCAAGUCCAUAGAGCCAAGCUGAAGGAUGGCACAGUUCUGGCUGUGAAAGUACAGCAUCCCUACGUGAAAGGAAACUCUAUCGUCGACAUGAAAACAAUGGAGGUUCUUGUAAAACUUGUGGCGUGGGCUUUCCCAGACUUCAAGUUCCUUUGGUUGGUGGACGAAACCAAGCGGAACAUCCCGCUCGAACUUGACUUCACACAGGAAGGGCACAAUGCAGAGAAAUUCAGAGACAUGUUCCAGCACUUCUCGUGGCUCAAGGUGCCGAAGAUCCACUGGGAGCUGUCGACCAGCCGCGUGCUGGCCAUGGAGUACCUGGAAGGGGGCCAGGUGAACGACCUGGGCUACAUCAGGCGCGAGGGGAUCGACCCGUACGAGGUGUCGGACAAGCUGGGGCAGCUGUACUCGCAGAUGAUCUUCCUGCACGGCUUCGUGCACAGCGACCCUCACCCGGGGAACGUCCUGGUGCGGAGGGCCACGCCCGGCCCGGGGGCCGAGGUCGUGCUGCUGGACCACGGCCUCUACGCGGUGCUGAGCAGCGACUUCAGGUGCGACUACGCCAAGCUGUGGCUCAGCAUCCUCGACUCGGACAGGGAGGGCAUGAAGCGGCAGUGCGAGAAGCUGGGCGUCGGCGACCUGUACGGCCUGUUCGCCUGCAUGGUGGCCGGCCGCACCUGGGACGCCAUCGUCUCCGGCAUCGACCGCACCAAGUUCUCGUCCACCGAGAAGGAAGAGUUCAGCAAGCUCAUCCCAUCCCUGCUGCCACAAAUUUCGGAUGUUCUCAGCAGGGUCAACAGACAAAUGCUGUUAAUCUUGCGGACCAAUGAUCUCAUGCGAGGCGUGGAGCACACGCUCGGAACACACUCGAGGAAAGCUUCGUUCUUGGUGAUGUCCAAGUGCUGUAUUCGCAGUGUGUACGGUGAGCGUUUGAAGGAGUGCUCAUCGUUUGUGGCCCGCUGGAUGACCCUCCUGGCCAGGAACUGGGCGCUGAUGAAACUGUCACUCUACUACGCUUUCCUCAGCGUACGUGGCAAGCUGUCCGUCUCCUCGGUGGCGUAGCGGCCCUCCCUGUGACCAGAGCGUCGCCCAGCUCGCAGCACAACGACCUUGCCUUCCACCGACCCCGGAGCUUGUUUCAGUCACAACCGUGGCAGUUGUUUUGUAUAUAUUCUAGUCAAAGUUAUUGACUGCAGUUCAUUUUCAGGAAGGUGUUAAAUGGAUGAACAAUAUUUAAUUUGUUAACUUUUACCAUUUAUACACAUUUUUAAAGAAAGUUAUACAGUGAAUUCUCUCUUUAAUGUCACCCUCAUUCCUCAUAUGUACAAUUCGAUAUGACAUACAAAACUGCCAGUCUUUAGAAUUGCAAGCGCAAAUCAAUGGGCAUCGUUAAUAUAAUGUAGGGAUUUCGUUAUCAAUACUCAUGUUAAUCAGUAAUAUGUUCAUAUUUAUAUCACAUUAGAACUAUUUAACAAAGUUUUUUAGGUCAUGGACAUUACUUUUAGUAUUCUUAGUUAUUUACCCCUUUAUAUGGUAGUAUCCAAUUUUUUGGUAUUAUCAAAUACUUUAUAAGAGAAUUCACUCUAACUUUUCGUUAUUUUAGUGCCAAGAAAUGUAUUUUAUAUAAAAAAAAACUUUAUGCUACCUUCUGUGAAACAAAAUAGUUGAAAAUUAGUAUAUGUACAUUAGGUUUUGUUAUCAUCUGCAGCUGUUUUAUUACCAUUGUUUGUUCACACUUUGAUAGCAACAGCAGGUUAUAAGAAGUGCCAGACAUGUGGUUGUUAUUAAAGGUUGUAUUGUACAUAAUAAGUUUAUACCUUUACUACUAUUCAUUUUCCAAUAGAGUAUGAAUUUAUGAUUAAGAGACAAUGCUACAAACAUCAAGGGACAGUGUUCGACGUUCUGUGGUAAUCCAAGUGGUGGCACAAGCUCUUAAAUAGGAGUAGGAGUAGAAGGGGGUUGGGACCAUUCAACCCCUCAAGCCCCCCUUGGAGCCACGUUUAAAUUUAAUUUUGAUAUUGUUAAGUUGUUUGAAUUAAUUUUCAUUUACUAUUAAAAUAAUUACCUCUUGACACUUGGUAGUCAAACAAAAAUGCUUUAAGUUUUUUGAGAAACAUAUACAAUGAAGUGUAUAUUAACUAGAUUAAUGUAAGAAAUAAUGAAAAUUGUUCGGCUACUUUUUUCUUUUUUUUUUUUUUAUAGGAAAUAAUGGUUUACAUAUUUAGAACAGUAGGUAACAUGUCAUAUUGAAUUAUUGUGAAAUUAUGAUGAAAUGUUAAUUAUUCAAAUUACCAGCUUUGCUUUCAUGUACAGAACUGCCAUAGAUAUGCAAAGAGACAUGAAUGUUUAAUGCAUAUAGAAUGUGACUACAUAUAUUACGUAUAUUUUAUUACAUUUUUUAGAAAUUUGUGCCUUAUGUUCUUGCAUCAAUAGUCUCUACAUAUUGCUAAAAGUGGCAAAAAUGGGUCCGAAAAGGAUAGCCCAAUUAAUUAACCAGUUUUAUUUAUUAGCCAAGAUUAACUUACCAUAUUUACUAGGGGUGCACAAGUAGCAUAUUUUAAUGUAGAGUCGAGUAGUGCAAAAACUAGAGUUUUUUUGAGUUGAGUUUGAGUAGUCAGAAAUUUAAUUUUUGGCAUUUUUCUUUUAAGCUCAACUAACAGAACAGAAAAUAGUGGCACACAAGUACUCAUUGAACAUAGUAUCUCGUGAUUGUUUUUUUUUUGUUACUAUCAUAGUCCCUACCUUCAGUAUCUAUAUGUACAAAAUAAUUUUACAACUGUAUAAUUUCAUUUAAGUUAGCUAUUUGAAUUUUCAUUACAAAAAGUUUGUAAGCAACUACUACCAAUUAAUAAAAAAAUAGAAUUAACUCUUUUAAAUUAUAUUACGAAGCACAAGGACUAAAAUAAGUUUAUCCAGUUGCAUCGCAGGUGACUUUAAAUUUAGAAUGUUGAUUUGGAACAUUAAUGUGAAAACAAAUUUUUACACUGACACUAUCAUUUUAUUGCUAUUUUAAAUAUUCAAGUUCUUUAUUGCCCUAUACAAUAUACGCCCAGUACAAGAAUAUUGAGGGUGUACGUGUGAUGAUAUUGUGCUUGUGCUCUGUGGGUGAGGUAGUAUUGCAGUAACAUUUAAUUUCCCAAUAUAUAUUUUGGUUGUUUAUGGUAACUGUGGUGCAUGUGUGGUAGUUACUGUGCUUUUGCAGUAACUGUGGUGUUUCUCUAUUAACUGGAAUACUUUUUAUGGUAAUUAUUUUAUGAUAACUAUUGUGAUUUUGUGGUAUCUAUGGUGCUUCGUCCAUGGUUUUUUUUGUCAGUCGUCGUUCAAUUGUCUCUACUUCAUGUUUACGUGCGCCAUUUUUAUUUUAAGCCAGGCGGACUUUAAAUUAGAUGUUUAUUUAUGUGGUUGAAUUUGGUUUUAAUUAAAUUACAACAAUUUAAAUGUCUGUCCACAAAUUAACCACACUUUCAUUAAGUCCGCAAUUGACUCUCCCCACUAGAGCUCGGCUCAACAGUGGCUUUCUCUACUGCUCGUCUCUUACUGCUCACCUCUGUUUUGACACACUGCCUCGGUCUACUCACUCGUCUGCCGCACACCCAACACAGUCCCGGAUGCUUUGGUCCCAAAUGCACCAACCUUCGCAACUCCAUUACUCAAUUUCCCGAAUUUCCCCAUUAUUCCAGAAAACAUUCCGAACCUGACAUCACCUUCCAAAGGGCAGUGGCACGACAUCACGUAACCUGUCAAAAUUGUGUUUUUGCCAUAUCAGAAACAAAACUAAUUCCUGUUAAACUAAAAAAUAAAUGAGUAAUUGAUUUAGUUUUAUGUAAAAAAUAUGUGACCAAAAUAAAUAUUUGAUGAGUUAUUUUUAUCUAUUUUAUUGACAACAUUUAGUGAUUGAGUUAUAUUUUUAAUGUAAAAGUGUUUGUAAAUUUUGGAUUUAAAGAUUAAAAAACCAUGAGUGUU